CAAAGAGGAGUAAUAGUGCUUUCUCUCUUUCCCUUGCUCCAUCCAUUUGGCCCGUCACUCUCUCUCUCGCUCCCGUCGCUCUCUCUCUCCUCGUCGUCGUCGUCGUCGUGAGUUGCUCUCUCCAUCUCAUCUCAUCUCAUCUCUCUCCCGGACACUAACCACAACAACAACAUCUACACACACACACACACCAUCUCCAUCUCCAUCUCCAUCUCUCAUCUCCCUCCUCCUCCUCCUCCUCAUCUCUCCUCCGCCAUCCCUCCUCCUCAACCCAACCUCAACUGCACCCGCGCACGCCCCAACCCCCUCCCUCGCACCCCGCACGCUCAUCAACGCACCCUCCUCCCUCUCGUACAUAUACUACCCAACCCCCAUGGCCGCCGCUCACCUCUCCCAUCAUCCUCGCCCCGCCUCUCCUCCAAUCUCGGUCCUCUCACGUCCCCCAAUCCUCCCCAUUCGUUCAACUACCGCCGCCUCCUCCUCCUCCUCCUCCUCCUCCGCCUCCUCCUCUUCCUCUUUCGCAUCCGGUCAAUCUCUUUCCUCUGUACUCUCUAUACCCACCGACACUAUCAUCGACGGACAAUCCUCAUACUCAUCCUCCUCUGCUGCCACCACCACCAAACGCAACUCGCGCGGCGCUCCUCCCUCCGCUUUUCAACGUUCCCGUUACAGUGCCCCUGCCCCCCCACUCUUUGACGGUCAAGACACUCGCAAAAGCGUCCUUGACAUCCUCAAAUCCAUCGACAACGAGUGGGAAAUUCUUGACCCCACCGCAGUCAUCCCCACCGACCUCAACUCGUCGCCCAAGCGCUCGCGCCGCUCAAAGGGUGAACGAGUUUCCGCAAUGUCUACAGCCGAUCCCUCGCGUCAAGGCGCUCAGAAGAAGCCCAGCCUCUUUCGUCGUCUAACACAAUCUUCAUCUUCACAAUCUUCCGCUCCUCCUCCUCCUGUCGCUCCUCCCGCAGCCCCGCCCCAGCUGCCUCGUCUUUCAACUCUUCUCAGUGACAGCUCUGCCCCUCUUGCGUCCGUCACCAAGGGUGGUCCCGUUGGUGGUGUCGGCGGUGUCGGCGGCGGCGGCGCAUACCCAAGCAACCCCGGCAAACCCACCCCCACCACCACUAUCACCACCACCACCACCACCACCGGCGGCUUGACGUCCGGUACGCUGUUCGGAGAUUCGCCACCUCACACCCCUGUCUCAUACAAUUACAACAACACACACUCGUUGCCUCCCGGCGCUGCUGCACCCACACCAUCCUCCAGCAACAUGUCGCCUCCUAACGGCUUGGACGCCCAGCGCUCUGGCUUCCGCGUUCAGAGUAGAGCUCAAGGUGAG